GCCAUUCUUGAGCCGAUUCGCCAAAUAACAAAGCGAAUACAAGUCACUUCGUCACUCUGGUCAUCGUCUGCGAAAACACCACACCUACAAAAAUGUCUGAAGAAUUGCCACCUGGUUGGGAGAAACGAGUAAGCCGAUCGUCAGGAACAACUUACUAUUUAAACAUUUACACAAAGGAGAGUCAAUGGGAUACCCCAACAAAACCAGCAGAGCCAGCUUCUUCCAAUGGGCCAGAGAAGGUUCAAUGCAGUCAUCUUCUUGUCAAACACAGGGAUUCUCGUAGACCGUCUUCAUGGCGGCAAGAUAACAUAACUAUUAGCAAGGAAGAGGCAAUGGAUUUGUUACUGGGAUACCAAGAGCAGAUCAUUGCUGGUGAAGCUUCAUUUGCUGAAUUAGCAUCAAAAUACUCUGAUUGCAGUUCUGCAAAGAAAGGGGGUGAUCUUGGGAGCUUCGGCAGAGGAGCAAUGCAAAAACCAUUUGAAGAUGCUGCUUUUAGCUUGAAAGUUGGAGGAAUGAGUGAACCUGUGUGGACUGACUCAGGAGUUCAUAUUAUUCUUCGUACUGCUUAGAUUUAAAAUUCUUUUCAUUGUUCUUUUACUAGACCCUCUUGGAUGUUUUCAUCAAUUGCAUACGCCUAUAAACAAAAUUACUGCAAGA